UAGGGAGUGGUGCGCCUCGAGUUCGCCGCGCGCCCAGUGACAUUGAGAAUGACGGCGAUUAUUAGCAGGCCGCGCUGCUGCAACGCGUAACCAAACAACACACAUACACAAAAACCACACGCCAGAAGACAAGACACUCAGAAAUCUGUGUGCGAGUGCAACCCCAAAACCGUCCAGCGAAAGUGUUCCCCGCGUGUGCGUCGUCGUUGUCGUCCGUUGUUGUCGCAGUGUGUGCGUGUGUGCGUGAGUGUGAGCGCCGCUGCCGCAGCCGGCCCAGCGCGUCGGCGAAGAUGUCGCACUGCCGUCGCGCCGUUGGCGUUGUCGCCGCCGCCAGGAGAUUGUUACCUGUUGGCUGAACCGGCCCCGGGCUGCCUUCCUGUGUAUCGCCGACCGACCGCCCGCCCGCCCGCUCACCGCUCGCUGCUACUUGUUGCUUGGACCCACCUCUAUUCCCGUCACUCACCACUUGUUCCACCAUCUAUGCGACAACCACCUGCAGACAUUCUUCGUCCUCGCAGGCUAAUCGCACAGCAGCAGCAGCUAUAAUAACUCCUCAAAGCCAAUUCGCAAGAGUGCACACAAACAGUGCGAUUGUAAACGAAAAAGAUAAAAUAUAAAAAAUGCCGCGGUGUUAUAUGGUAAAGAAACAAAGCAGCAACAAGUAUCAACGCGACUGCUGGAGUGAUGCGCUAGCUCCUGGUGCCGGCGCCGCGGCGCCCGAAAGCCCUACGGAGGCCUGCGUCGCGCCGCCCUACUACACCCCGCUGACGAACAGAUUGAGUUACUCCAAUGAGUAUGACCAACACAAUACGGAAUCAUGUUCCCAGGAAGGUAUCACCAUCCACAUGGAGUCCGCGAAUCGCCUGGACCAAAAAAACGAAAACCCGGAAGAAAUAAUCACCCAGCAUGAUGGAGGCAUUCCGAUCUUCAGUACACGCAGCGCUGCCGAAACUGAAGCUGCUCAUGAUCUCCUCUCGCUAUCGCAGAGCCUCCCACCAUUACAGGCACCAGGGGUAGUGACGAUACACCACAACAUACCCACAGAAGAACGACCAACAUCACCAUCCUACACUUACCGGCCGCUUUCGCCUGAACCACAAGUUCAGCUCCAACAACCACCACCACCACCUGCUCAUGCACCCAUGGCUAUUAUUGCUGCGGGUAACCAACUUGUGUACCAAUCACCUAUAGUCUAUGUGGUGCAAGUCCCAGCGGUGCCUACACCGCCAACAUCCGAGUGCUCCUCGGAUGCAGAGAACAACAUUCAGAUCUGCAUCGCUGAGGAGCAUGGACACAACGAAGAUAUUAUAAUCCUGCCGAUGUCGCCCGAACCGGAAGGGCUGCAUGUACAUCAGCUGCAAGCCGGACACAAUGCCGGCACGCAGACAAAUGACUCCGAGUUGGAGGUGGAUGUGGAGGUUGAUGUUGACACGGAUGUCGAGGUGGCCGCGACGGUGAUUGUUAGUCCAGCACAGGCGAGACAACAGAGUGUCAUCACUUCCACUAAUAGUGUCACGCUCGGAGGCGAGAAAAGACAACGACGUGUGGCUAGCGCUGGAGGAGCACGGAAACGCCGCCUGAAUAAUAAUAACAACAACAACAAUAACAGCAAUCACAGAAACAAUAAUAAAAGCGUUGAUGAAGAGCAGUCCACGAUAGAUGAGCACGAUGGUGAUGAAGAAGACCAUGAAAAGAACGCCAAAACGCGAUACUUUGCUGUCGUUGAUGAUGAAGAAGACGCUGAUGACCAGCUCAAAGCGACACCUCCCGAGUCGCCACCGCCGGAGAAAAACAGCCGUUCCAAAGCGCGUUAUCGUUGUACAGAGUGCGGCAAACAGUACGCCACCUCCAGUAAUCUCUCGCGACACAAGCAGACACAUCGCAGUCUGGAUUCACAAAUGGCGAAAAAAUGCAUGACUUGCGGAAAGGCAUACGUCAGCAUGCCAGCGCUAGCAAUGCAUGUGCUCACGCAUAAACUAGCGCACAGUUGCGGCGUAUGCGGUAAACAAUUUUCGCGCCCAUGGCUCCUCCAGGGCCAUUUACGUUCGCACACUGGCGAGAAACCCUAUGGAUGCGCGCACUGCGGUAAAUCAUUCGCGGAUCGUAGUAAUCUACGCGCGCACAUGCAAACGCACUCGUCGGAUAAGAACUACAGCUGCCCGAACUGCAACAAAACAUUCGCGCUCAAAUCGUACCUAAACAAGCACCAGGAGUCGGCGUGUCAGUCGCACGCGGGCGCUACACGAACUGAUGAUGACGACGCCAUCUUGUCGUCGGACGCCGACGAGAACUAACACUGAUGACGGACGCGUCGCGCGACAGGAGGAAAAUCGGCAAUAAAAAGCAAUAUUGACUUCAAACGCUUACUUUAAAAAUACUACAUGUACGUAAAUUUGACAUACACACAACACACAAAUGCAUUUACACACACACACACACAGACGUGCGGUUAAAACAAAUGUUAGGCAACGAACCCGAGUUUGUUUCGAUACAAAUUUAGUCAAGUCAAUUCGUAAACUAUUAAAUUAUUAAACACAAAUUAUUAUCUAUAUACCUAGUCAACGUGACAGAGAUAAGAGAGGAGGAGCAUGAGGAAUUUAAAACGUCGAGCUUUUUGACUUUCACCGAACCAGGUACAAUAGGACGCGAAGGGUUUUCGUUCCGACGAAGGCAGCAGCAAUUUUCACAAAGACCAAUAGACUGUUUGUUCAUAGACGACAACAAAAGUAACGAUAUUACUAGUGAGAUAUGUUUAGUUAAGGCGCAGCGAGUAGGCAAGUGAAUAGUGUGAUGAAUAGUAAUAAACAAAAAAAAAACGCAAGCGCAGCGAAAGCGAAGCAUAAUAUUGAUAUUGAUUUAGUAAAAAGAGAUAACACUUAAAAAAUAAAAAUGGCCAAUAUUAUACAACGAAUCAUUGAUUGCACCGAACGUCCGGCGCGACAUUCGAUUAUUUAAAGAAAGAAAAAAAAAUGAAGAAAAAAAAAAUAAUAAUGAAACAUAGAUCUUUUAUCGAUCGUCUUAUAGUUCACAAAAUAUAUAAGUAUAAUUUCAUACUCAUAUACACACGUAACGUAUUAAAUGAAUUUCCAAUUUGCAUAAUUACCUUUUGCAACAUUUUGAAAACUCAACAGCUAGCGAAAGUGUGGAGUGAUGCAGCGGAAUGGCAUAGGAAUGAGGUUAUGCACACGUACACACAUACACUCAGACACACGGUGUAGUGUGUAGUGGUGAAGGGAGGAGUGUUUUAAACAAGCCCUAGUCAAUAUUAACCGUAGUCUUAAAACAAAGAUUAAGCAAAUGAAGCAUUUAAGGAUACUAAUAAUGAAAAUAAUGAUAUUGCGUAAGUGUUUCGUGUUUUGUUUUACGAGAUGGCGCUACGAACCGAAUGGGGUGGAUUUCGUGAAAUCAAACUAAUUACUACUGUCUGUGGUAUUUGUAACCUAUAUUUAUUUGUGUGAUGUUUUGAUACACCUUAUACAUAACUGAAUAUAAGUACUGGAUGUCCAUAGCCAAAACGACCCAAACAAAAAAAAAAUGCGAACAAAAUGAAAUGACAUGCAUACUCUAUGUGAGAAAAUGAAGAAAAGUGAAUCACUGAAAGUUGGGCGCAAGGGAGGAAAUUGACACAUGCCAGACGUUCUUUUUUAAUAAAAUUUUUAUCAAACAACGGUCAGCCGAUCAUCUUGACACGCUCGCGCGCUGCUCGAGGAAAGUAAUAUUUUCUCCACGUUCGCCACCACCUCGCGCACUACCACCACCACUACGAGCAAAACGUCUUAGGCGUUCGUUCGAUUCGAAUGGAAACCGUUUCGCAUGAUGAUGGUAUUGAUUAUGUCGGCGCGUAGGGUGGGCGAGAGCGGGUGGCAUCCAAGUGAAGUGCAUACACGCGCGCACCGAUACGUUGCGUGCUUCCGGCGAAUCUUUAUUUCAAUACGGUUGUGCGCUCUGUGUUGUAAUUCGCGAUCGCGAUUGCCAAAGCGAACACUGUGUGUAAUUCAUUGAUUUCGCCAUUGAGUUCCGUUUGUGUUUCGAUUCGACGAUAUUGAAAUUUCCAGCAGUUACGACGGCACGUGGGAGCACGUGCGAUUUCCCGAAAUGCGCGAUGCAAAAGGCCCCAUCGCUAUCUUUUAUUUCAUUCGUUUCUAUGAUUUCUUUUUUAAAUUAGAAGAAAUUUUUGAAACUCCUAAAAUAAUUACGAUUUAAUCCAGAGAAUUAGAGAAACAAUGCACGCUGAAAUAGUUGCAAGCGCAUAUGUAAAAUUGAAGCAAUACCUUGUGAGAACCACACAGUAAAACUAAUUGAUAAGAAGAUAUAGUCUUGUUUUCGACAAUUUUUGUAGCAACAAAUGUGCGGAGAAAGAAGCUUUUCGAUAUUACUUCAACAUUUUCGAGGACCUGAGGCAAGAAGGCGGGAUAACGAAUGGCAACACACAAAAAAUGGUAAAAUUAAUUAAUAAAAAAUAAAAACUAGUCGCAGCCUUAAUAAUAUACACCAAAAAUAUUUAUAAAACUAAUAUUACUAAGCAAGGAUAUGAUAAAGUAAAAGUAACGCAAGCAAAACAAGAAAACAACACUUCACUCACAUAUUUAAAGCUAAACGAGGAUGAAAUAAAACGAAAUAAGCAUUUUAGACGAUUAGCGAUUUCACUUCUCUACAUUUUUCGACAUUUCGACAUAUUAGGCGACCAGAGCUUGUAAGCAACAGGCUAUAUAGACGCGCGAGGUCCUUUAAAGAAGCUUUAUUGUUUAAUCGAUCAGCGAAACGAAAGCGAAACUUAAAUAUGCGCCACGGCUACGACUACAGCAAAAGUAAAAGCCAGAGAAGAAGAUAAAAAAGAAACAAAUGUGUAACCGAGCAAAUAUCGCCAAGGCAAACGAAACAUUUCCGAGCAUAGCAAUAAUAUUAAAAGGGCGAUUAAAUGGCCGACGACAACGGAGAGCAAACAUGUUGACAAACAAGCCGGCAAGCAAUGUGCAAAAGGAUGCGGAGUGGGAUUUUGCCUGAAUGGGAGAAUAUAUGCAUUGUGUUUUUAUUCGUUUUUCGAUAUUCGCGCGUACCCAUAAUAGUUGAUGAACUUAUUCUGCGACCGUACCAUUUCUAGGCGUUUAACGACAGAAACAGAAUUCAUAGAUGCUAGACUUAUUUAAAAGUGAAUAUAGCGUAUGCAUGUAUUUUAAAAGUUUAGAGAGCAUAUAUUAUACAUACGUAUUAUACCAUGAUGAUAUUUUUAAAUUGUCAUUCUUAUGUGAUUAUUAAUAUUAUUAAUCACCUUUUAGCCCCGAAAAGCAAUAAACAUAUUUUUAAUCUGA